AUGUCAUAGAUAAUUUGAUGAGAUCACAAUUCCCAAUACAAACUGUAUCCCCAAGCCACUAGUGUAACUGGCACAGAGCAGGCCGUCUCCUCCCUGGAAGGAAGACACCCAAGUGGGAACCAGGCAGGGGUUUCAACAUCUAUCAACUCAGGAGGAAUGGCAAAUCUGGAAUCAACCUUCCGUAAAUUUGCUACAUAUGGGGACACAGCUGCCUCUGGCAAUGACAUGACAAGCAAGAACUUUGCCAAGAUGAUGAAGGAAUGUGGUGUCAUGGAUGGGAAAACAGUGACCAGUACUGAUGUGGACAUUCUCUUCAGCAAAGUCAAGGCCAAGAAUGCCCGUAAUAUCACAUAUCCGGAGUUUAUGGAAGCCCUAAAAGAGCUGAGUGGUAAACGCUUCAAAGGGAAGUCACCAGAGGAGGCAUUGCAAUCUAUACACAAGCUGAUAGAGGGCAAAGAGCCUGCCAAUGUUGGAACCACAAAAGCUGUUGCUGCUGGUGGAGUGGACAGAUUGACAGACACCAGCAAGUACACAGGAUCACACAAAGAGCGUUUUGACGAAAGUGGCAAGGGCAAGGGGAUAGCCGGGCGUGCAGACUUGGCCCAGAACACCGGCUAUGUUGGAAACUACAAGGGAUCUGGAACCUAUGACAAGACCCACUAGAGAUGGAUGGAGAUGUGCCAUGCCUCCUGAGGACCUGCCUGUCCCUCUUGGCCAUGGGAGGGGAGGCCAAUAAAACACUGCUCUGA